UUUCAUAUUGUAAACACAGUGAAUCUCUUCGCCCUCCGGACGAGGAGUACUUGCACAAUGCAGUGGCACUGCGAAAACGGACACUGACAACCGUCCACACAGGAGAAGAUCGACAAAACACCUCAUGCGGUUUAAUUUUUGACACCGUUGGACGUUGGAGCUCAAUUUGAAAACAUGGAGCUGAUGCACCAACGUCCUCACCAGCAAUGCUAAUGUUAGCUCAGCUAGCCAGCAGCCUGCUAGACUUCGGCGUUUCAUGUAGAAGAACUGAGUAUCGUUUUUUUUUGCCUUGAAACUUGUGUUAUUGUGUGCAUAGCCAACAGCGUCGACUCUGUUACGGAUGCGUACAAGAUAAAGAACAAGUCUGUAGCAAAUGUAAACGUUUCGCUGUCUCUAUAGCUUGUUAGUUAGCAGCUGUUGUUAUUGUUGGUGGAAGUGGUACAGUUAAGCUAGCCAGAGUGCUAUCUGAGUAUCUGUUGCUGAAUGGGGUGGAGUUUUUGUUAGUGUUGCUCGUGGGUAUCAGUUUCCAGUUGAGGAAGACGGUGUCAGACAAGAUGGUGUUAAGGAGCUGCUGGAAAUCUCGACAUAAAAACAGCUCUAGACCUGCUCCUCGCUUGAUCCGAGCUGGACUGGCAGCUCUGUUCUGGUUAUGUGUGACCCAGUUAGCCUGCGGCAGUGGGGCGGUGGGGGAGACUAAAAAUGUAGUCCAGAAAGAUGCAGAGUUUGAUGUCACCUAUAAUGACACGGUAACAAGUGAAAACCAGACCAUCUAUGCUUUCAAUCACACGGUCUCCAGGAAUAAGACGGAGGGAGUGCGUGUGAGAGUGGAUGUGUCGCCACAGAAUUUGGAGAGUACUAUUCUGUUUGUAGUGCGACAGAAACAAGCUGUACUUUCUUUUCAAGUCCCUCUUAUUCUCAGAGGCCUCUACCAGAGGAAGUACCCUUACAAUCAUGUGGGCCGGACACUGUGCCAACCUCCAACCCGGGCCGCCUCUGAGACUCAGUACUUUUUUGUCGACGUGUCUACCCUGUCCGCUCAGGGUACCAACUAUCAGCUCAGAGUCAGCCGUGUUGAGAGUUUCACACUGCAGACGGACAAGAAAUUCACCUUCACCGCAUCACCAUCCCAACCUCAGUAUUUCAAGUAUGUCUUUCCAGACGGAGUGGAUACUGUGAUCGUCAAGGUCAACUCAGACAUGAACUUUCCCUGCUCCGUUAUGUCCAUCCAGGACAUCCAGUGCCCUGUAUACGACCUUGACAACAAUGUGGCCUUUCUUGGGAUGUACCAGACUAUGACAAAAAAAGGUGCCAUCACUGUGCAGAGAAAGGAUUUUCCUCGCAACAGUUUCUAUGUGGUGGUCGUGGUUAAAACAGAGGAUGAGGCGUGUGGUGGGCCGCUACAUUUCUAUCCUCUGCGACCCGAUGAACUGAUUGAUGCUGGCAACCGUACCAAAGUCCUUGAUGUGGUGGUUUCUCCUGCUAUCAACUCGGAAGUGUACGUGAUGGGCAUGCUGUUCUGUCUGGGUAUCUUCCUCUCUUUCUACCUACUCACCUUGCUGGUUGCCUGCGUGGAAAACAAGAGAAUGAACAAAAAGAGAGCGGUGUUGGAGAAUCCUGCUGACAUGUCGCCUGCUGAGACAGCCUCUCUACUGGGGAAGAACGGAGAUGGCAAGACUCCAGCCUCACCAUACGAAUAUGGCUCUUUUGCUGACAACGGCAGCACACUGAGUUCAGAGGCCAUCACAGAAAGCGCCACAUCGACUGACAACAACUAUGGAUACAUGGGACAGGAGCCUUUCAAACGUCGACCAAUAUUCAAUCACCUUCGCCACAUAGCUGUACCCAUUGAGCGAUCAUUGGACAGUGUUGGACGAUCCAGGCACGAGUCUUUGAGCUCUGUGGAGGAGGAUGACUAUGACACGCUGGAAGACAUUAAUUCAGAUAAAAACAUUGUCCGCACCAAGAAGUUUCUUUGUGUGUCUGACCUGGCCCGCAAAGACAAGAGGGUCCUCAGCAAGAAAUACCAAAUCUACUUCUGGAACAUUGCUACUAUUGCUGUUUUCUACGCUCUGCCAGUCAUCCAGCUGGUCAUCACCUAUCAGACGGUUGUCAAUGUUACAGGAAAUCAGGACAUCUGCUACUACAACUUCUUGUGUGCCCACCCGCUCGGUGCUCUAAGUGCAUUCAACAACAUCCUCAGUAAUCUUGGUUACGUGAUGCUGGGACUCCUCUUCCUCCUUAUCGUCCUCAAGAGAGACAUCGUCCACAACCGAGCUCUGGUCCGCAACGACCUCAACGCGUUGGAGUGCGGUAUCCCAAAGCACUUUGGUCUGUUUUAUGCCAUGGGAACUGCUCUGAUGAUGGAGGGCUUGCUCAGUGCCUGUUACCACGUCUGUCCCAAUUACACUAAUUUCCAGUUUGACACCUCCUUCAUGUACAUGAUCGCUGGUCUGUGUAUGUUGAAGCUGUAUCAGAAGAGACACCCAGACAUCAAUGCAAGUGCUUACACUGCCUACGCCUGCCUGGCCGCCGUCAUCUUCUUUUCUGUGCUGGGAGUGGUAUUUGGGAAAGGAAACAUGGCCUUCUGGAUCGUUUUCUCGGUGAUCCAUAUUCUGGCCACGCUCCUCCUCAGCACACAGCUCUACUACAUGGGUCGAUGGAGACUCAACGCUGGGAUCCUGCGCCGGAUGCUACACAUCAUCUACACAGACUGCAUCCGACAGUGCAGUGGACCCAUGUAUAUUGAUCGUAUGGUUCUGCUUGUGAUGGGGAACAUCGUCAACUGGUCUCUGGCUGCCUAUGGCCUCAUAGAGAGACCUAAUGACUUUGCCUCCUACCUGUUGGCCAUCGCCAUCUGCAACCUGCUGCUCUACUUUGCCUUUUACAUCAUCAUGAAGCUGCGGAGUGGGGAGAGGAUCAAGUGUCUGCCGUUGGUGUGUAUUCUCUUUACGGCCGUCGUAUGGGGCUUCGCGCUGUAUUUCUUCUUCCAGGGUCUCAGCACCUGGCAGAAAACUCCAGCAGAGUCUCGUGAGCACAACAGGGACUGCAUCCUCUUGUUCUUCUUUGACGACCACGACAUCUGGCACUUCCUCUCCUCCAUCGCCAUGUUUGGAUCCUUCCUGGUCCUCCUGACCAUGGACGACGACCUCGACACCGUCCAGAGAGACAAGAUUUACGUCUUCUAGAUCCGUCAGAUCUUCUGUGAGGAGCUCAGCUCUUCCUCACCGCCUUAUCAUCCUUCUCUUCGUCCGCGUCUCCAUGUUUUCAAAAAGCACAGCCAGUAGCCUGGUACUAGGGCUGUCAAUGAGCGCAUGUCUGCCUCUCACAGCCAAUCAGCCAGUAAGGGAAGAGCGGUAGCCCCUCCCUCUACCUGUACGGACACUUAUGUGCCAAGCCAGAGCUGGAUCAGUGAUGCUGAAGUGUUUUGUCCUUUUGCUGCCAUCAUCGAUGUAACUGUUGUAAUCAAUGUUUACUCACUGCUGAUGAUGAAGAUAACAAUGUGCACACUUGCUAAACGAAAACUGUCCAAGUUAACUUAUUUUAUAUUGUCUACAUUUUGUUUGACCCAUGAGUCAGCAAUGUAUUUUGAAAUUCCUGUUUGUAUGCUGUUUAUAUGCUGUGUGAGUGAGUGUGUGUGUUUGUACAGAGGUGUGUGUCUGUUUACAAAUAUAAUUGUGAGAACAUGAAUGCUGUCCAGUCUGUCAGUGGCCUUCAAUGUCCUAAUCUUGUUAGUCACAUACUGUGCUCUGAUUGGUCAGAUCCUCGACCUAGCUGUCCUUCUCAUUGGAGAAUAUUGAUGAUUGUAUUUACUUCUUGACUGCCCUCAAGUGUGACUGCGAAGGUAUUUUUUGCAAAGUACUGUAUGAAAAAAAGUUUUUGAUGUCAAAAAUUGCAAUGAGCAGUUACUGAAUAAAGGUCUUUUCAGAAA